AUGCAGAAGGCUCUGUGUGCAGCCCUAGACCUGGGCGCCUUUGUCACUGUCCUCACCCCACCUCCAGGUAUGCAGAGAGGGGGCAGGCCUCCUGUGUUGUGGCCUAAGCAGGGCUGUCAGGACACUGAGAACAUUUCCUCCUCCCGCAGGAGACAGAGGUCCAAGGUGCCCUACGUCGUACGCCAGUGCAUGGAGGAGCUCGAGCGCCGAGGCAUGGAGGAGGUGGGCAUCUACCGCGUGUCCGGAGUGGCCACGGACAUCCAGGCACUGAAGGCAGCCUUCGACGUCAAUAACAAGGACGUGUCGGUGAUGAUGAGCGAGAUGGACGUGGAUGGCAUCGCAGGCAUGCUGAAGCUGUACUUCCGUGAGCUGCCCGAGCCCCUCUUCACUGACGAGUUCUACCCUAACUUCUCCGAGGGCAUCGAAAGCAGGGGACCAAAAUCAAGCCUGUCCUGGAAGACCUCGCCCAUCCCCAGAGGGCUCCCCAUCCCUAUUCCUCAAGGAGACCAAGAGGGUGAAAUGGUCAGCACUGUCAUGCUACAGUGUCCUAAAAUCUGCUGUCCUCCUUCCUGCAGACCAGGGCUAAACACUGGUGACCAGGUGCUCUGGCCACGGGUCCUGGUCCAGUCAAGCAUGGGUUCAAACAUGGCCUGA